GGGCGGGGUCACGCCAGCGUCCGCGCCGUCAGAGCCGGGGUGGCGGCGAGCUGCGUUCUCGGUGCGCGGCCCCGCCCGCGCCGCGGUCCCGCGUCGUGCCGGCCAUGGAGGGCGUGCGCUGGGCCUUCUCGUGCGGCGCCUGGCUGCCGAGCCGCGCAGAGUGGCUGCUGGCGGUGCGGUCGAUCCAGCCCGAGGAGAAGGAGCGCAUUGGCCAGUUCGUCUUUGCGCGGGACGCGAAGGCAGCCAUGGCUGGUCGUCUGAUGAUAAGGAAAUUAGUUGCAGAGAAAUUGAAUAUCCCUUGGAAUAAUAUUCGUUUGCAAAGAACUGCAAAGGGAAAACCAGUUCUCGCAAAAGACUCCUUGAAUCCCUACCCCAAUUUCAACUUUAACGUCUCUCAUCAAGGGGACUAUGCCGUACUUGCUGCUGAACCUGAGCUACAAGUUGGAAUUGAUGUAAUGAAAACUAGUUUUCCAGGUCGUGGUUCAAUUCCAGAAUUCUUUCAUAUUAUGAAAAGAAAGUUCACCAACAAAGAAUGGGAAACAAUCAGAAGCUUUAAGGAUGAAUGGACUCAACUGGACAUGUUUUACAGGAAUUGGGCACUGAAAGAAAGCUUCAUAAAAGCCAUUGGUGUUGGACUAGGCUUUGAAUUGCAACGGCUUGAAUUCGAUAUAUCCCCAUUAAAUCUGGAUAUCGGCCAAGUUUAUAAGGAAACACGCUUGUUCCUGGAUGGGGAAGAAGAAAAAGAAUGGGCAUUUGAAGAAAGCAAAAUAGAUGAGCACCAUUUUGUUGCAGUGGCUCUUAGGAAACCGGAUGGAUCUAGACAUCAGGUUCCAUCUGAAGAUGAUUCUAAACCAACUCAGAGGCAGUUUACUGUUCUCACCUUUAAUGAUUUAAUAUCAUCUGCUGUUCCUAUGACCCCUGAAGAUCCUUCAUUUUGGGACUGUUUUUGCUUCACAGAAGAAAUUCCAAUACGAAAUGGUACAAAGUCAUGAUAGCAUUCCCUGAGUAACAAAGGAAAAUGAAAACUGUUUGUAAUCUUCUGUAUUCACAAAAUAAAUGCCUGAUAGUAUCAAAUUUUA